UAAAAGCGGCCCCGCGCCCGCCCCGCUCCGCCGCCGCCGCCGCUCCGCCGCCGGCCAUGGCCAAGGACCAGCUGAAGCCGCGGCUGUGCCGAAUGCUCAAGGGGGAGAGCGGCUACGGCUUCCACCUGCACGGCGAGAAGGGCAAGAGCGGCCAGUUCAUCCGCAAAGUGGAGCCCGGCUCGCCCGCCGAGGCGGCGGGGCUGCGCGCCGGGGACCGCGUCGUGGAGGUGAACGGGCUCAACGUGGAGCAGGAGACGCAUCACCAGGUCGUGCAGCGCAUCAAGGCCGUGGAGACGGAGACGCGCCUGCUGGUGGUGGACAAGGAGACCGACGAGUACCUGUGCAGCCUGCGGCUCACCUGCACCGAGGACAUGGUGCACAACGGCAUCCUGCUGGGCUCGGGCCUGCCCCCUGCCAAGGCCAGCGACAACGGCGAGCUCUGGAAGCCACAGCUGGAUCUGAGCGGGGGCAGCCUCCAGAGGCAUUCCCACAGCUUCUCCUCGCACGGCAGCAGGAAGGACCUGAACGGCCAGAAGGAGCUGUGCCCACGCCUGUGCCACCUGAAGAAAGGCCCCAAUGGCUACGGCUUCAACCUGCACAGCGAGAAGUCGCGGCCGGGGCAGUUCAUCCGCUCCGUGGAUCCCGACUCGCCGGCAGCCCGGGCAGGCCUGCGGCCCCAGGACCGCCUGGUGGAGGUGAACGGGGUGAACGUGGAGGGGCUGCGCCACUCCGAGGUGGUGUCCCACAUCAAGGCCAGGGACAGCGAGGCCAGGCUGCUGGUGGUGGACCCCGAGACAGACGAGUACUUCAAGAAGCUGGGGGUGACCCCCACGGAGGAGCACAGCAGAGGUGUGCUGCCCCAGCCCAUGACAAACGGAUCUGCACAGACUCAGCUGAACGGCGGAUCCACAUCUUCAUCUCACAGCGACCUGCAGAGUCCUGGGAAGGAAUCUGAGGACGGUGACACAGACAAGAAGGACCCUUUUGAGGAGAGCGGGCUGAGCCUGAGCCCCACGGCCGCCGAGGCCAAGGAGAAGGUGAGGGCCAAGCGUGUGAAGAAGAGAGCGCCCCAGAUGGACUGGAACAAGAAACGGGAGAUUUUCAGCAAUUUCUGAGCCCCGCUGGCCGCCCCCCUCCCGCCCAGCCCGGACGUUUCUGAGGUGCCUACACCCUGUCCCUCGGUGUCCACGUGAGAUGCUUUGUGCUCUGCUCUUCACUGGUUGCUUUUACAAGGCGUAUUUUAAAGUCCUUUUUAUUUUUAUUUUUUAUUAUUAUUAUUGUUGUUGUUAUUAUUAUUAUUAUUGUUACUCACCAGCGAUUCUCAUAAGAAAAAUGUGACCAAAGCUCCUUUUCUUGCUUGCUCUGGCUCGGGCUGCUGUCCCUGUUCCCAUGAGAAAGGACUGGAAGGAUUUUAACUCUUGUUUCUUACCUGCAGCAUUUAGGCUUCUGUUACUUCUUUUUGACUUUUUAUGUGGGGUGUUUUGGCUUUGUGGGUGUCCCAGACUGAGCGCCGUGGGAUGCUCUGUGCCCCUGUGGAAACAUCUCACAGCUCGUGGUGGGGGUGCCAGGGACCCCUCCCCAGCUCCCCGUGCCCAGCAUGAGCUGCUCCCAGCAUGGGAAAAUGGACUGUGCCUGGAAAUUGUUCGUUGGCUUUGCUAUUGAAGCAAAAACAUUUGUUUUGUUGGUUUUUUUUUUUUUUUUGGUUUUUUUAAUGAAGUCCCAUGUGUUUUGAGUUAGUUAGGAACCUCCCCCUCACCAGCAGCUCCUGCCCAGGCAGUAAAAGCCCAUUUUUCACCCCAAGCUGCUCUGCAGAAGGGAGAGGAUGGGGUUUAAAAGCAAACCCCAGACCCCAAGGCCACAGCUCUCCCCAGCUGCAGCCGUGGAUGUGGCAGAGGAAGGAGGAGCACGAAGAUGAGACCCAUGAGAUGCUACAAAACCCCUUUGGACACAGCUGGCAGUGGGGAUGAGCCAACAUCUGCUUCCAGGAGGGAUGCAGCUCUAACUGAGGCUCAGCACUGGGAGUGGGGCUGCUCCAGGUGCCACCUGGGCUGGGUUUGGUGUCCCCAGGGAGUGUCACCAAGGACAUCCCCCAGAGCCAUGGGGUGACCUUGGGGCUGCAGGUGGAGCAGGCAGGGGUGUGAGGGAGCGGGCAGCACCUCAGGCCUCCUCCACAGCCCCACUCUGGCCAUCAGAGUGUCUCUUUCAAGCACUACAGGUGAAGUCCCUGGAAGCUCUGUUUGGCUGUGGGUGCAGGUGGAUCAGCCGAGCUGCAGCACCCCCAGGGAGCAGAGCUGAGCUACCAGGGCAGGGGCUGGGGCUGCCCCACUCCCUCCCAACCCCAGCCCUCCUCUGGGGAGGGACUGGGAACACAAAGUCCCUCUUCAGCCAUCAGCUGGCCGUGGAUGAGGGGUGAGCACAGAGCUGUGACUGUGCCCUGCCCCACCCAGCCCUUCUGGGAUGGAACCCUUGGCUGGGCAGUGUGCUGUGCGUGUGGGAAUGGCUCUGCACGGAUUUCCUAAGGUAUUUCCAGAUUGUGGAGCUAAAAGGUGCCUUAUGCCACCCUCUGCUCUCCUCAGCAGCGGGCUGGGGCUCAGCACAGGGUGUUUGGCUCCAGCUGGUGCCCGUGGCCUUAUGCUGCUGGCAGGAGAGUGUGGAGAGCCUCAGGGGUGAAGGAGAUGAGUUCUCUUUAUGCAAGUUAUCUUUUAGGAUUGUUGAUGGGCUGAACAGGUCGAAAAUAAUGACUUUGGAGAGGAACUGGUGCAGGUGUUUGGCUGUGGGUGGUGAGACAGGACAUUGGGGUGAGGGGGGAUGUGGAGAGGCUGCCUCCCCUCGGGGCUCUGCCAUUAACAAGACACCUCUUCCCCAUCCCACUUCAAGCUACCUGCUCUCUUUUGGACCCCAAAAAUACUGUUUUCUCUCUCUGGGUCGUGUUUGGAAGGAGCCCUUCUUUUCCAUGCUGUGCACGUUGCUUCCCGUGCCCGCGUGGCCAAACCCUGGCAGUGCCCAGGCUGUGGGGCAGAGCAGUCCCUGGUGCUCUUCAGAGAGCACAGACCUGGUGUCAACACCCCAUUUCUCAUCCCAGACUGCUGGAAUUGAGGCGGGGAAAGGAAGAAAAAACAACCUUGUGUAGUGUUGAAUGUAGAUCAAAAGAAAUCAGGUGUGCAAAUCCGUGUUGGUAAGAUUGCAAAUCUUAAUCUGUUAGUCCAAGGAAACUGCUCCUGGUUGAAGCAUUACUGCAUUCCUGACAUCUUGUUGUAGCUCAGUAGUAAUUAUUCAGUUCCUGUACAUUUAACUUGGAAAAGAAAAAUCAAUAAAGUCAAAGGCUGGCAGCAGCACUGCAAACCCACCAUGUACACUGUAAUGUCAGUAAUAAACUUGGUUUGCCAUGUA